AAGAGAAAGUCUCACUUUCGUGGAUGGGAAUGCCUUUCUUUUUUCUUUUCGUCUUUUGCUCCAGGCUUGAAGGACAGCCGGUGUGAGGCUGGGCAGUGAAUUGUGUGCAAGGAAUGGAUUUCCAUAAAAACCUGGGGCAGAGCAGACAGGAGCCGAAUGGAGGCUGAACAGACACCACAAGCAGCCCCCCCUCCCCCUGGCAGAUGAAAAUUGUUACCAAACCUAAGGAGAAGUACAGGGGAACUCUGCUCCAGAAAUGGACCCAGGCUCCAGCACUCCACAGGACACAGAUCCCAAAUAUGAAGAACAGAAUGGAGACAAAAUGGUUCCCCUGGGAGAACGAGAGAUUGAGGCCACGGGUGAUGAGAGCCUUAACUAUGACCAGAAGAUGGGAAAUCAGUAUGAAGCGAUCCAUUCCUUGGAAGGUGGGCAUAAAUCAGUGGCAAGGGCCAUAAAUGGCAGGAGGGACCUCUGGGCACCCUCCCAGGACAGAGAAUCCAAGUUGGACGUGGUGAGGACGGGGCCACGGCAUGACAUCCGGGCUUAUAAAGGGGAGAAGAAGCCCUCCCGACUCUAUGAGGAGGAUGAAGGAAAGCUGUGUUACGAGCUACCUCCUGAGUACCUCUCAUUUGAGAAAGCCAAAGAGCUGGAGGAAGAAAGGCAAGAGAUUAUCAAAAGCCAAGCCAUGAAGAAGAGCACCACAACGGUGGAAAAGCUGACCUCUGUGGACGAGCCAGGAGCUCCAAGUCCAGCCUCACCUGGUGGAGAAAAGGCCAAGAUCAAAAGACGUGAUUCCAUGGGACUUGCCGUGGGUUUUGACAAACCUUCCCCAGGAUGGGUGAAGGCAAUUAUAGACCCAGAAAACAUUGAUACAGGGCAGAUCAACUUUGCUGCUGUCCGGCAGCAGUUCCUGGCCUUGGAGAAGAGGAAUCCAAACUUGCUCUUGGGGCCAAGAAAACAGGUUCUGUCUCCGAGGUUUCCAGCAAUCAAAAAUAUUUAUGAGAGAGAAGGUCAGGGCCACCUUGGAGCUCUGAUGGUUGACAGAGACCCUGCUGGGUAUAACCAGAGAGAACUGGGACUCGCCAGUGAGGGGGGGGCUGCUCCAGUUAAUGCCCCCCAAAUAGGGCCUUUUUCUGAGGGAAGACUUGCAACUUACCAAGGUUUUUCUGCAGAAAAUCUGGAUUGGGGGGAAAUGGGGCCUGAUUUAGUGACUGAGGCUCCUCAUCACGGAAGAGUAUUCUGGAAGAAAUCUAGAGACGCUCUGGAUUUGGUGGCUGGUGGCCAAGAUCCUGCUGAAGAGCUGGAGGCCAGGAAGGAGACCCCCAUUGAACGGGAAAUCCGCUUGUCCGUGGAGAGGGAGGAGGCCCUUUGGUGGGAGCGGGGGAUUCAGCGGCCAAGCAGCAGAGACGAGCUGGUGGUGGUCCAGUCCAAGCCUCUCCUCCUCUCCCCUCUCCUCUCUGUCUCAGCAGUCGCCAGGAAAAGGAGGGAUCAAGCGCGUGUUUCCUUCUACGUCCAGAGGGAGAUUGAGCAGGAAACCAAACGUGAGGAGGACCUCCAAAAGGAAGGGAGGCUGCCUGGAGCGUAUGACAAGGGGACUCCGCAAGAUCUCAGAGAACUCAGGAAAGUCUUUGAGGGGGAGGGCACCCUGCUGCCCUCUGCACGCAAACCAGGACACCUGGGAGAGGUGCCGGAGUCCACGCCAGAUCAGGCCGCCCACCUCCGUGUUGCCAAUGCCAAGGAAAGGAUCAUUCACCAGGACAUGAAUCAAAGCUUGCCACUUGCUCAGCCGAGUCCUGUGCCGGAAACCCUUCUGGGGAAUGAACCCAGUCAACGCAGGCAGGGAAGUUCACCAGGGCCCAGACCCCUCUGCACGAAGGAGGCUGCAGGCCCAGGCGCACAACCGGUGCUGCGGAAGGAACAUUUUGCCGUUCCGAUGCAGAGGCCCAAGGCGACUUUGCCAGAUGAUCAGGGGUGCCGCCGGCAUGCCAGGGGAACAGAAGGGAGGCCCAAGUGGGCAGCGCCAAAGGAGGAGUUAUAUACUCUGAAGACAGGGAAGCCCCGAAUCUCGCUCUUGAUUGACCAGGAGAUCCAAGAGGCUCUGCAAAGGGAAGAAGAGCUGCAGGAGCAACGGACGAAAGAGAGGCUGGCCAUGAGCAGAGACACAGAGAAGGGCACGGAGAAGGCCUUCUGCUCUCACCUGUGGUCACAAAGCGCAGCAGUUGCUGACCCCUCCUGUGUGUCCAGUUCCCCCACCUUUAUUGCUGGCUCGCCCACGAGGCCCCCUGCCUCGCCUGCAGGAAGGUUUCCCUCAGAACCAAACAGCAAAGCUCGCUACAGUCUGAAGCAAUCCCAGACAGAAGAGGAGGAGAAGAAGAAGAAGGCGAGGCAGCGGGAAGAAGGGAAGUAUGCUGGCAUUGAACCCAUGGAUGAAAUUGACACCGAGGUUGUCAAUUCCACCAAAGUGGUUCGGCAUCGAGGCAUGAGAGCUCAGCUCUGGGAGGCUGGCCAAAUUCACAAGCGAGGGGAGGAAGAGUCUGACUUGGAGUUGCCGCUCUUUGACUUCUGAAGAGGACCCCCGGCCUGCACAGUUGCCCCAGGGCCGCCUCAUCCCUGAAGGGCUCGGUAACAGCAGCACAAAAGCUCUACCAAGAUGGAAAAAUAGCUACUGUGUUUCCCUGAAAAUAAGACAGGCUCUUAUAUUAAUUUUUGCUCCAAAAGAUGUGUUAGGGCUUAUUUUCAGGGGAUGUCUUUUCCCCCCAUGAUUUUGCGCCCCCCACAUGACCAGAUCAGCUGCGCUGGGGAAUCUGUACUUUCCAAGUCCAGUCAACUUGGAAAGUCCAGUCAAACUUGGAAAGUCCAGUCAAAACUAACUCUUAAAAACUCUUUAUUGUACUGGCAGUCAUUGUCAAAAACAAGCAAUGUGAGUUCUGAGGACCUCAGAACUCAGAUAGCAGUUUGAUACAGUAUCAAACCUCCUUCCCGCCACAUGAAAAGAAAACAAAGCAUAGUUUCACACAGGCAAGCAGAGAUAGCAAUAAAGCCGGAAUCUCCAGCCCAGGCAUAUAGCCAGAGCAGGCUGGCGGGAAAAACCAAGGAUGAUGAACACACAAACAUAUUCCUGACAUUCCACCCCUCCUAAGAACCUCCCCCUACCGGUUUGUCAGGAAAGGCCUUAUGAAAAGCAGUGACUACAAUAGUGGCAUGCACAUCUGUAGCAUAGACCCAGUGGUCAUGGCCGGUGGAAACCCCACCCACAAAACAAGAUACUGCAAGCAUUUGUGGUGCAAGCGAGAGUCCAGGAUAGCGUCUAUUUCGUAAUGCUUCUUCCCAUCAAUCAGAACUGGAGGAGGGCGUUAUGGGGGGCCGUGCCAAGCAUCGAAAUCUGGAGCCCGUUUGAGCAAGCUGGAAUGAAAAACAGAGUGAAUUUUGCUAAGUGAUUUAGGUAAGUCCAACCUAGCAGUCACUGUAUUAAUCACCUGUAAGAUUUUAAAGGGACCAAUAAACUUCCGACCAAGUUUAGAGUAUGAACAUCACGUAGAUUCUUAGUGGACAAGUACACCCAAUCAUUUACUCGCAAGGGAAAAGGCUGGCGAUGCUUAUCUGCCUGAGUCUUCUGAGACUCUUGAGCUUUAUGCAAGGCAGUCAAAAUAGGUUCCCAGCCUUCGACAAUAGAUCGGAUCCAGUUGUCUAGUUCAGUGGGCUGAACCGAUUCCAAUCCCAAGAACGGAAAUAGCUGGGCAGAAUGGCCAAAGACCACCUCGAAUGGGGUUUUCUGAGUACUGCUAUGGACCGCAUUGUUAUAAGCAUAUUCCGCAAACGGAAGCAAUUCAGCCCAAUUGUUUUGAUGGUAGUUUGUAUAACAGCGCAGAUACUGUUCCAAAGUCUGGUUCGUCUGUUCCGAUUGCCCAUCAGAUUGAACGUGAUACAGAGAAGAUAAGGCAGAUUCCACCUCCAAGAGAGUCAGAAAUGCCUUCCAAAACUUAGAAAAGAAUUGAGGGCCUCUGUCCAAUAUUAUUUUAGCUGGAGCAGAAUGUAGUCUGUAGAUGUGCUGAAUAAACAUUUUCGCCAGUUUUGGUGCAGAGGGAAUGGUCGAACAAGGUAUAAAAUGGGUUUGCUUAGAAAACAGAUCAACCACCACCCAUAAAACCAUAUUGCCUUGACUCUCAGGGAGAUCAGUGAUAAAAUCCAUUGAAAUGAUCUGCCACGGACGAUCUGCUGGGGGUAUGGGUUGCAAGAGUCCAUGGGGCUUUCCAGGCAUGGUUUUUGCUUCAGCACAAACAGGGCAACCUCUAACAUAAUCCUCAAUGUCUUUAUGCAUAGACUGCCACCCAAACUGGUGGCGCAACAAAUGCAAAGUUUUUAGGAAACUGAAAUGACCUGCAGAUUUAGAAUCAUGUCCAGCGAAAAUAACUGAUUUACGCAGGCCUGGUGGUAUGUACAAACCAUAUCCCCCAGACGCAGGUCUGGAGGUACGUACAAACCCUUUUCACCACAUCCCCCCUUAAUUGUAGAGAUGGGGCCCCCUCAUCCAAAGAAACGGGACUCCUCCCAGCCUGAAGAAACUCCUUCAACAAAGGCGAGGCAUAAUCAGGAAAAGCUGUAGGCGGGGAAGGCGAGGGGGGUGGAGUAGUUGGAGGCUUGGAUUGAGUGUGCAUCUGAGCAUAGGUAACAGCGAGACCCAAUUGUGAUAGAGUAAGUAUAGUACAUGGAAUGGCGCACAACGAAGCCUCCGCCCCUGAGGGAAGGAGCGACAAAGCGUCUGCUAAACGAUUGGUUUUACCAGGGAAAAAAUGCACCGUGAAGUGAAAACGGGAGAAAAAAUCAGCCCAUCGAAGCUGUUUAGCAGACAUUUUCCAUGGGGUAGAAAGGGCUGGUAAGUUUUUAUGAUUGAACCAAACCUGAAAAGGGUGGGCAGCCCCCUCCAACCAGUGUCACCAAGUGCUUAGAGCUUGUUCGAUGGCGGCUGUCUCUUUACCACCAACAGUCCAGUUCAAUUCAGGGCCUGAAAACUUUUUGGACAAAUAUGCACAAGGAGACAAUUUGCCAUCAGGUCCCCUCUGUAAAAGGGCUGCUCCCAGAGCUUUAUCGGAAGCAUCCACGUGUACUACGAAUUGCAGGUUGGGAUUGGGAUGGACCAGGAUAGGCUCGGAAGUGAAGGCGGUUUUAAGAUGCUGAAAAGCAUGUUGGCAGGCAUCGGUCCAAGAAAGUAGAGCUCCUGGUUUAGCCGCCUGGGGACCUUUGCCUUUGGUACGUAACAAAUCAGUCAACGGCAAUGCCAGUUGGGCACAUUGCGGAAUAAAGUCACAAUAGAAAUUAGCAAAGUCCAAAAACGAUUGGAGUUCUUUUCGGGUGGUGGGACGGGCCAAUUUACAACCGCCUCCACCUUAGCAGGAUCCAUUUCUAAUCCUGCCACUGAAACACGAUACCCUAGAAAAUCCAAUUUGUCCUGAUGAAAAGCACAUUUGGACAACUUAACAAACAAGGAAUUAUCCAGCAGCCUUUGCAAUACAGUCCGGACCAUUUCUACAAACUCUUGCUCGUUGCGCGAAUAAAUCAGUACGUCAUCCAAAUACAUGACUCCCUUGAAAUCCUGUAAAACUUAAUUGAUCAAAGACAUAAAAGCCCCGGGGGCUCCGUGUAAUCCAAAUGGCAUUACGAGAUAUUCGAACUGACCAAAUUUGGUAUUGAAAGUAGUCAGAUAUUCACAGCCAUCAGCUACAUGGACUCUGUAGUAAGCCUCUCUCAAGUCCAGUUUGGUGAAAAUCCGACCAGAUCCCAAAGCAUCCAACAGGUCUUUAAUCAAGGGUAAGGAAUAUUUAUUAGAGGCUGACACAGCGUUCAGUCCCCUAUAGUCAGUACACAGACGCAAAGAACCAUCCUUCUUCUUGACAAAUUAAACAGGGGCAGCAUAAGUGUUCCUAGUCACUUUACGAACAAAACCAUGAGUUCUUAUCCAAAAAGGCACUCAAUUCCGUUUCCUCUGAAGAACUCAUUCGAUAAAUGCAACCUUUAGGCAGUUUGGCCCCUGGGAUCAAUUCAAUUUUACAGUCAGUGUCUCUGUGGGGAGGCAACUGGUCACAUUCCUGUUUCUCAAACACUUUGGAUAGAUCCCAAAACUGUUCAGGCACGCCAGGGAUUUCAGGAUGGGAGGUGACGACCGAGGCUAAAGCAGGAACAGGCACCUCAGGUGGUUGUCCCUCCUACAUAUGGUCCCUCCAAGGUGGGUUGGUGAAGUGGACAAUGCAGGAAGCCCAUCAAUUUGUAGGAUCAUGGGAAUCCAACCAUGACAUGCUAAGAACAAUAGGGUGGCGAGCCACCGGGACCAAAAUGAAACUACGGUGUUCCCAAUGUUCAGCAAUUUGUAAAAGGACUGGUUUUAAAACGAGCCAGAACCCCCCCCCCCACCUAACGGGCUACCAUCCAUUUGGGCUUGAGCAGUGGAAUUAACUGUAAUCCAAGCUCGUCUGCCACUUGCGGGCGCAUAAGGCAGUGUGAACACCCAGAGUCAACAAGGGCACGAGCUAAAAUAAGAGUGUUCUUGGCAGGAUUGGAUAACGUGGUAAGGAGGGUAAUGGGAAUGCCACCUUCACUCACUGCAUCUUUUGGGGGUUCCAUAGACUUGGGCACUGCUGUUGAAAGACCAAUUCCAACUGAAUCCUCCUCGAUAUCGGGGAAUUCAUUUUCCUCAGCUGCAAGUGCUUUGGAUGAUCCUUGAGAUGGUUUAGUUCCCAUAGGAUGUUUUGGCGCUUUAGCCAUUGCCUUACGUGGGGCAGGUCCCGAACCGCCAAUGGAUUUUGCUUUCUUAGGGCAGGAAGCUGCCACAUGACUGGCCUCACCACAAUAGAGACAGAGCCCCAAGCGGCAUCACCUUUUGGAGACCAUUUCCAUUGGAGAUGUAGAAGUGGUUGUGGAAACGGGAGUUUUCUUGACUGGAGGUGGAGGGCGACUUGGACUCCAAUCCUUUAGAAUGAUUGAGUCUGGCGGCAAUGACACUACCAACCUCGAUCCAUUCCGCUACUGUCCGGGGUUCAUUGUUCAUGACUACCCAUCAUCAGAUCUCAGGGUUGACGGCAUCAUAAAACAUCUCAGCUUUUAUCCAAUCAGGCCAGUCAGGAAUUUUACUCGAUGGCUCGGAACUGGCGGGCAAAAUCCGAAAAUGGCUUGUUGCCCUGUUGAAAGGUUUUGAGGGCUUUCUUGGCAUUAUCGCUGGCAUCACAAUCUUCAAAACGUAGGGGUAAGCCUUGCAGGAAAUCAGCUACAGAAUUGAGUUCCUCCGCAUUCAUGUCGAACAAUUCCACAAACCAUUCUGCAGCAUCUCCAUCCAGCACCGACCCAAUAACUCACACCUUUUCUCUCUCAGAUCAAUACAUGCCAUAUUCUUGCAUAUGAGAGUCCAGUUGCAAUAUGAAAUAAGGCAACUUAGAUGCAGUUCCAUCAAAACGAGCUGGAAUAUGUGGGUGAGUAAAACCAUGACCUGGGGGUCCCGGGGGAAGGACUCCCGUGUGCUGGUCAUGGGCCGGUUGAUGUAGGACCAAAAGACACACCGCUGGGUCUGGUGUGGCUGCUGUGGGAGUUGAGCUGAUGGAGGCCGGUGGCACGCCACUUCUUUCUGCCACCGCGUACGAUCUGUGUUGAGUUGCUGGCAAUCCAAACGCAGUUCUGCUGCUCUAGCGUUGUAAAUUCACGUUGUAAAUCUGCCGCGGUGGCCUAUUCAUGAGCUUCGAUAUCCAAGAGAUCCCGUUCUCGUUGGCGGAUAUCAGCCUGUUCUUUCUCCAGGGCUGUGUGUUCCUGUUGUAUGCGAAGUAGUUGAGCACUUUAAUCGCUUCAUUUUGAUUGGAGACUGUAGAGUCCCGUGUCCGCUGGAGGUUUAAGGAUCACAGAUGCUGGAGUUCACGCAGUAGUUCCUGCUGAGAUUGUUCCACCAUUUCCAACACCUCACGUUCUUGCUGUUCCCAAUCUUUCUGUAGUUGCUGGUACAAGGCUUCACGUUCCUUAUCAUACUCCUCCUGAAGUUCCAGCUGCUGACAAACUUUCUCAUCGAUCAAGGCUUCUCGAGACUGGCCAAUUCCAACGCUUCCACCUGGGCAUGAUACAAGCGUAACUUCUGGUCAUCAUGAGGUGCAGGCCACUCCGGGAUUUCAUUCUCAUGGGGCACCGCCACCCCCGGAGGUUCUUGAGGGUCAGCGGGGUCUUCAGAUUCCAAUGCAUCUGGUGGAAUCAAUGUCAGUUUAGAUGCAUCCAGAGCCAGCAAACGCUGCAAAUCCCAUUCCUCUUCAUCCGGCCAAGGUGCCUGGGCACCAAGGAGCCUUGUUGGAGAUGAGCCGCCUGAGAGGUUUUGGGUCAGGCACCGGUACUUUGCAGUUGUUCCUUUGCCAUGGUUUCCUCGAAACACUGAUCAAUUCGGGACCAGUUAGUUUUUUUGAUAAAUAAGCACAUGGAACCAGUUUGUUAUUUUUAUUUUUCUGCAGAAGUGCGGCACCUAAGGCUUUGUCGGAUGCAUCCACAUGAACGGGAGUGUGGGAUCAGGAUGUCUUAGGAUCGGUUCGGUGGUAAAGGAUUUUUUGAGCUGAUGGAAUGCAUGUUGGCAUUCAGGAGACCAAUUAAGAGGGGCUCCUGGUUUCGCAGCCAUGGGUCCCUUGCCUUUGGUGCACAACAGGUCAGUCAAAGGCAGAGCAAAUUGAGGAAUAAAGUCACGAUAGAAGUUAGCAAAGCCAAGAAAGGACUGUAAAUCCCUGCGAGACAAAGGAACCGGCCACUCUACCACCGCUGCCACUUUGGCAGGAUCCAUUUCCAGACCCUCAGCGGAAAUCCGAUAACCUAAGUAGUCCAAUUUGGUCUGAUGAAAGGCACAUUUGGGUAAUUUGACAAACAGCGAGUUAUCAAGGAGACGUUGUAAAACAGCACGAACUAACUGAACGUGUUCUUCCUCCAUUUUAGAGUAAAUAAGCACAUCAUCCAAAUACACCACCACCCCCUUAAAAAGGAAGUCUUGAAGGACAUCGUUGAUUAAAGUCAUAAAAGCCCCCAGGGCUCCAUUUAACCUGAAUGGCAUUACGAGAUAUUCAUAUUGGCCAAACUUAGUAUUGAAUGCAGUGAGAUGUUCAAAACCAUUUGCGCAGACAGUUCUGGUAGCGCUCAAUGCACAAGUACAUUGAGGCUUAUGUGAAAGGGUGCCCGAAAUGUGCAGAAGCUAAACCGAUCGCUGGAAAACCACAUGGUCUUUUGCAGCCAAUCCCACCCACUGCCAGUCCGUGGCAGAUUAUCUCGAUGGACUUCAUCACGGAUCUCCCGGAGAGCCAUGGCAACACAGCAUUGUGGGUGGUGGGGGAUCUUUUCUCCAAACAAGCACAUUUUAUACCAUGUCCCACCAUUCCAUCAGCCCCCAAAUUAGUGAAGUUAUUCGUGCAGCACAUCUAUCGUUUGCAUUCCACCCCAUCUAAGAUAAUUUCAGACCGUGGGCCGCAAUUCAUUUCUAAAUUUUGGAAAGCGUUUUUGGAGUUGUUGGGAGUCGAACCUGCGGUGGCCGCUCCGUAACACAUGCAAACUGACGGCCAGUCAGAACACACAAACAGAAUAUUAAAACAAUAUUUGCGCUGCUACACUAAUUACCACCAGAACAAUUGGACGGAUUUGUUACCAUUUGCGGAAUACGCCUAUAAUAAUGCCGUCCAUAGUAGCACGAAAAAACGCCUUUUGAGGUGGUCACAGGGCGCUCCUUCCCUCCGUUUCCCCUGUUGGGAUCUCAGCCGCUCCAUCCUCCAGAAUUCAAUGAAUGGAUACAAACCCUUGUAGAGGGUUGGAAUUCCAUCAGUACAAGUCUACAUCAAGCACAAGAAUCCCAAAAAAUGCAAGCUGAUAAACAUUGCACAGACUUUCCACUCCAAGUUGGGGAAUGGGUUUAUUUGUCCACUAAGAAUCUUAGGGAUGUGCACAAAUAUUCCAAGCUUGGCAAGAAAUUCAUUGGGCCCUUUAGGAUUGCACAGGUUAUCAAUGAUGUUACUGUAAACUUGACUUGCCUAUUUCAUUAAGCAAUA